UUCCUUGCAUUGCUUCACUCGGUUGUGUUGUUUCGAAAAGCCAAGACAUCUCUCCCGCUCUCUAUAUUUAAAAAAUGCAAGCCUUCAUAGUUUUUAGCCUAAGUUUAAUCCUGUGCUGUAGUUUUGUGGCCUGCGGGUACUCAGAUUGCGGGUCAGAGGAUGGAGCGAUAGUGUCUCUCGAAAUUACAGGGUGCAGCAAUACGGCCAAGCGAUGUAUCUUGAAGAGAAAUACCAAUUCUACGUUAGUGCUUUCUUUUACCUCAAAUGUGGAAUCGUCCUCUCUAACCGCUGUAGUACACGGUGUUAUCCUAGGAGUUCCUAUGCCCUUUGAUCUUCCAAAUCCAGACUGCUGCAAAGAUUCAGGCAUAACCUGCCCUGUUGCAUCUGGACAAACUUAUAAAUAUGAAGGAACCUUUCCCAUUCUCGGUUCAUAUCCGCGGGUGACUGUAGACAUCAAAUGGGAAAUUAAGGAUAAAGAUGGCAAAGAUAUUGUAUGUGCCCUGAUUCCAGCGAAAAUUGGUUAAAACUUUAACUUUAGAAUUUAUUAUUUUUUUUAUAAAUUGAUCUGUUAGAUAUCAUUAAUAAAAGAGAUUUUAAAAAAUA